AAAAAAACAACAAACCUUCAGCACUCAGCAACCCCAAGCACGGAGCUGAGGGAAACAUUCUGACCUGCACAGGCAGACUGGAGGCUGGAUGGGGAACUGGCUGAGGAGGACAUCUGGAGAGUGAAGGUUAAGUACCAGCUGGGAUUUUUGUGCCCCCAGAUACUUUUUUGCUUUUUAAGAUAAUAAGCCUCAGAUUCUGUGUCUCUGUCUAUCAGCUCUUCUAGCAAUUGGUUUGAAGGUGAAUGUAUUUUAGGUUAAGGACUACAAAGAGAAGGUAACUCCUAGGGAAGGGGGAAGGAGAAAGAAAAGAAAAUCAGAGGAUAAGAUUCUUCUUAAUGACUUCAGGUGGCGAGUGGUAUGUGUGAGUGAGCGUGUGUUUGAGAGGACCUGGCUCGUGCCCAUGUAUCCUUCUAGUAUCAGCGAGGGGAGGGGCUAUUGAAGACGGGGGGUGGGGGAAAAUAAAAAAAGAAAAAGAAGGAAACCUGAGCUCUCUGGAAGAAAUGCAAAGGAAGCCAGAGAAAUGAACUUCACUCUGCAAGGUCUAAACUAGAGCAAGGAGAGAGCGGUCCAGGGAGAAGGGUGAGGGAAUCACAUGCGGUAGGUGAGGUACUGGGGCCACACAGGUAGCCAGAAGAGGUACGCUUUCUGGGGCUGCUUGAAAAAGUUUGGCCUGUGAACAAAACAGUUUGCCUGGUGACUGAGAACCCACUGCUAGCCGUUUCUUUCUCUUCUCCCCAUCAUCCCAGUGUGGUACCCAGAAGUUGACUUCUGGUUCUAUAUAAAGUGCUGGGGGAGGUAUGAUGUGCUUCAAGAUCCUGAGAAUAAGCCUGGUGAUUCUGGCUGGGUGGGCGCUCGGUGCUGACGGCUCGGAGCUGGGCUGGACACGCAAGAGAUCCUUGGCACAGAGAGGACACCUGAAUCAGGUGCUGUCGGAAGGAGAGCGCUGUUGGCUGGGGGCCAAGGUUCGAAGACCCAGAGCUGCUCCUCAGCAUCACCUCUUUGGGGUCUACCCCAGCAGGGCUGGCAGCUACCUGAGGCCCUACCCAGCGGGGGAGCAGGGAGCGCACCACGCGGGACGCAGUAAGCCAGACACCAAGGGGAUGGCUGUGAGCUCUGUUCCCCCAGACCUGACUGGCAGUGCAGGCGAGAGGAGUGAGGCUGAGCAGCCAGCUGUUCCGUGGGUAGGGGAUGGUCCUAUUGGGCAAAUGGAGCUACUGGGAGAUGAUGACACUUAUCUUGGCGCUCGAGGAUCCAAGGAGCCUCUAGGUGAGGCUGGGACUCAGGAACGCUCGGCCACGGCUGCUGCCAUCAUCUCCACCUUUCCUUGCCCGAAGGAACCUGGACCAGAGACUCAAAGGAAGGGCGGAACCAAGACCAGGCGGCGUCGCCAGGUGGCGAACGGGCAGGCAAGGGGCGUUCGGGGAGACCCCAGUGUUGCUCCCCGGCACUUCCAACCUUGGCCUAAGCAUCUCCCGUCGCACGGGGUCAGAACCAGUCCUUCAGAGGGCAGCAUCCAGAACGGUGGAGGGGACCCCUACUGGGAAGCAGAGACCUUUGGCCCCCAAGGAGGACUGCCUGUCUUGUACUUCUCUGGGAGGCGGGAGCGGCUGCUGCUGCGUCCAGAAGUGCUGGCUGACACUCCCCGGGAGGCGUUCACAGUGGAAGCCUGGGUGAAACCGGAGGGAGGACAGAACAGCCCAGCCAUCAUCGCAGGUGUGUUUGACAACUGCUCCCACACUGUCAGUGACAAGGGCUGGGCCCUGGGGAUCCGCUCAGGGAAGGACGUGGGAAGGCGAGAUGCUCGCUUCUUCUUCUCUCUUCGCACCGACCGCGUGACGAAAGCCACCAUUGUGAUGGGCCACAGUCGGUACCAACCAGGCAAGUGGACACACGUGGCAGCCACUUAUGAUGGACAGCGCAUGGUCCUGUAUGUGGAUGGCACUCAGGUGGCCAGUAGUCCAGACCAGUCUGGUCCCCUGCACAGCCCCUUCAUGGCAUCAUGUCGCUCUUUGCUCCUGGGCGGGGAUAGCUCCGAGGACGGACACUAUUUCCGUGGACACCUGGGCACGCUAGUCUUCUGGUCGACGGCCCUUCCACAAAGCCACCUCCAGCACAGUCCUCAGCAGCCGAGCGAGGUGGAGCAUUUGAGCACCCUGAUCCUGACAGCCAGUUUUGAGCCUCUGGAAGAGCAAUGGGCCCCCUUUAGAGAUGAGAAGUACCCACGGCUUGAGGUUCUCCAGGACUUUGAGCCAGAGCCUGAGAUUCUGUCGCCUUUGCAGCCCCCACUCUGUGGGCAGACAGCUUGUGACAAUGUGGAACUGAUCUCCCAGUACAAUGGGCACUGGCCCCUUCGGGGAGAGAAGGUGAUACGCUACCAGGUGGUGAACAUCUGUGACGACGAGGGCCUGAACCCCACCGUGAGUGAGGAGCAGAUCCGCCGGCAGCACGAGGUGCUGAACGAAGCCUUCAGCCGCUACAACAUCAGCUGGCAGCUGAGCAUCCACCAGGUCCACAACUCCACGCUGCGCCACCGCGUCGUGCUUGUGAACUGCGAGCCCAGCAAGAUUGGCAAUGACCACUGCGACCCUGAGUGUGAGCACCCACUCACGGGCUACGAUGGAGGCGACUGCCGCCUGCAGGGCCGGUGUUACUCCUGGAACCGCAGGGACGGGCUCUGCCACGCAGAGUGCAACAACAUGCUGAACGACUUUGACGAUGGUGACUGCUGUGACCCCGAGGCGGCCGACGUGCACAAGACCUGCUUCGACCCUGACUCACCCAGGAGGGCGUACAUGAGUGUGAAGGAGCUGAAGGAGGCCCUGCAGCUCAACAGCACUCACUUCCUCAACGUCUACUUUGCCAGCUCAGUGCGGGAAGACCUUGCAGGUGCUGCCACUUGGCCUUGGGACAAGGAAGCCAUCAGUCACCUGGGUGGUGUUGUCCUCAACCCAGCCUAUUAUGGCAUGCCUGGCCACACCAACAUCAUGAUCCACGAGGUGGGGCAUGUCCUGGGACUCUACCAUGUCUUCAAAGGGGUCAGUGAAAGAGAAUCCUGCGAUGACCCCUGCAGGGAGACAGUGCCGUCCAUGGAUACAGGAGACCUCUGUGCCGACACUGCCCCCACUCCCAAGAGUAAGCUGUGCCAGGAUCCAGAGCCCACCAAUGACACCUGUGGCUUCACCCACUUCCCAGGGGCUCCAUUCAGCAACUACAUGAGUUAUACAGAUGAUGACUGCACUGACAGCUUCACCCCCAACCAGGUGGCCCGAAUGCACUGCUACUUGGACCUCGUGUAUCAGCAGUGGAGUCAAAGCCGGAAGCCCACCCCCAUCCCCCUCCCGCCCAUGGUCAUCGGGCAGACCCCCAAGUCCCUCACUAUCCACUGGCUACCCCCGAUUAGCGGAGUUGUAUAUGACAGGGUCCCGGGCAGCGUGUGUGGCGCCUGCACUGAAGACGGGACGUUCCGUCAGUACGUGCACACGGCUUCCUCCCGGCGCGUGUGCGACUCCUCGGGCUACUGGACUCCGGAGGAGGCUGUGGGGCCUCCAGACGUGGAUCAACCCUGUGAGCCAAGCUUGCAGGCCUGGAGUCCCGAGCUCCACCUGUACCACAUGAACAUGACGGUCCCCUGCCCUGCGGAAGGCUGUAGCCUGGAGCUGCUCUUCCAGCACCCGGUCCAAGCCGACACUUUCACCCUGUGGGUCACCUACCUCUCCAUGGAUUCCUCCCAGGCGCUCUUUGACACAGAGAUCUUGCUGGAACACCAGGAGUCUGUGCACCUAGGCCCCUUAGAAACUUUCUGUGACACACCGCUCACUAUCAAGCUGCAUGUGGAUGGGAAGGUCUUGGGGGCGAAAGUCUACACCUUUGAUGAGCGGAUGGAGAUUGAUGCAGCGCUCCUGACUUCUCGUCCCCACAGUCCCCUGUGUUCUGGCUGCAGGCCUGUGAGGUACCAGGUUCUCCGUGAGCCCCCGUUUGCCAGUGGCUCGUCCGUGGUGGUAACACAUCUGCACAGGAAGUUCACAGACGUGGAGGUCACACCUGGGAAGAUGUAUCGGUACCAAGUUCAAGCUGAAGCUGGAGCAGAACUGGGAGAAGCUUCGCCUCCUCUGAGCCACAUCCAUGGAGCUCCUUACUGUGGAGAUGGGAAGGUUGCAAGGAGCCUGGGAGAAGAAUGUGAUGAUGGGGACCUUUUGAGUGGAGACGGCUGCUCAAGGGCAUGUGAACUAGAGGAAGGUUUCAACUGUGUAGGGGAGCCAAGCCUGUGCUAUAUAUAUGAAGGAGACGGGAUAUGUGAGCCUUUUGAGAAGGAAACCAGCAUCAUAGACUGUGGCCUCUAUACUCCCAAAGGGUACCUGGAUCAGUGGGCUAGCCAAGCUUAUUCUUCUCAUGAAGACAAGAAGUGUCCUGUUUCCUUGGUAACUGGAGAACCUCAUUCCAUGAUUUGCACAUCACACCAUCCAGGUUUACCAGAGCACCGUCCCCUUACUGGCUGGUUUCCCUGUGUCACCAGUCAAAAUAGACCUCAGGAUGAAGGGAGGAAGCAGCCAAAAGGUAGCCUGGAGAGAGAGGAUGAGGUUUGGCUCAAAGUUUGUUUCAAUAGACCAGGAGUGGCCACAGCAAUUUUCAUUUUCUUGACAUCUGAUGGCCUGGUACCUGGGGGACAUCAGCGGUCAACAGUGACCCUCCACCUGACUGAUGUCAGUGGAAACAGCCAUUCUCUUGGAACCUAUGAACUGUCAUGCCAGCAUAACCCACUGGUUAUCAAUGUAACCCAUCCCUCGCAUGUCCUCUCCCACCACACCGCCUCAGCGCUGCUGAAUUUCUCAUCCCCGUUGGUGGGCAUCUCAGCGGUGGCUCUAAGGACCUCCUCCCACAUAAGUCCUCCAGCUCCCAAUAGCUGCACCCCAGAGCACCAGGGGCAGAACCGUCAGGGACAGAGCUGUGUCCAUUGGCCCUGCGGGGAGCAGGGCAGCUGUGUGCCGCUGCUGCUUGAUCACACGGAGGUGGUGAACUGUACCUCUGGUGGCCCAGGUCACAUGACGUGUGCUAUCACCUGUCAAAGGGGGUUUGCCCUUCAGGCCAGCAGUGGGCAGUACCUCAGACCCGUGCAGAAAGAAAUUCUGCUCACGUGUUCCGCUGGGUACUGGGACCGGGCUGUGAGCUGCAUGCCCCUCGACUGCGGUGCCCCUGACCCAUCUCUGGUGAACUAUGCAACCUUCUCCUGCUCAGAGGGAACGAACUUUCUGAAACGCUGCUCCAUUUCCUGUGUCCCACCAGCCAAGCUUCAAGGACUGAGCCCGUGGCUGACCUGCCUUGAAGAUGGGCUCUGGUCUCUCCCUGAAGCCUACUGCAAGCUGGAGUGUGAUGUUCCCCCUGUUAUCCCGAACGCCAACUUGCUCCAGCCUCGCUGCCUCCAGGGCAACCAUGAUGUGGGCUCUGUCUGCAGAUAUGAAUGCAAACCGGGCUACUACGUGAUGGGCAGUGCGGAGAGUCAAGUCAGGAACAAGUUCCUGAAGAUACAGUGCCUGGAGGGUGGCAUCUGGGAGCGAGGAAGCUGCAUCCCAGUGGUGUGUGAGCCCCCUUCUCCGGUCUUUGAAGGCAUGUAUGAAUGCACCAAUGGCUUUGAGCUCGGCAGCCAGUGUGUGCUCAACUGUAACCAGGAAAGCAAAAGGCUCCCCAUCCUCUGCACUAAGGAGGGACUGUGGACUGAGGAGUUCAAGUUGUGUGAGAACCUGCAAGGGGAAUGCCCACCACCCACCUCGGAGCUGAAUUUCGUGGAGUACAAGUGUGAACAGGGAUACGGGAUUGGUGCAGUGUGUUCCCCGUCGUGUGUAAUCCCCCCCAGUGAUCCCGUCAUUCUUCCUGAGAACGUCACUGCUGACACUCUGGAGCACUGGAUGGAACCCGUCAAAGUCCAGAGCAUCGUGUGCACUGGGCGGCGUCAGUGGCACCCAGACCCCCUCCUGAUCCACUGCAUCCAGUCCUGUGAGCCUUUCCAAGCAGAUGGUUGGUGCGAUACUAUCAACAACCGAGCCUACUGCCACUACGAUGGGGGAGACUGCUGCUCUUCCACACUCUCCUCCAAGAAGGUCAUUCCAUUUGCUGCUGACUGUGAUCUGGAUGAAUGCACCUGCCGAGACCCCAAGGCUGAAGAAAAUCAGUAACUGUGGGAUCGAGACCCUCCUUCCACUGCCCUGGCAGCAGUAAGAAAGAGAGGUUCCGCAAAAGGAAACAAAAAGGUGAAUGAAGGAGAAAGGUCGUGGAACGAAGGAAGGAAGAAGAACAUGAAGGAUCUUAUGAGAAGGGCAAGAGGGUGAUUAUAGGUGCCAACCAUUGCGUCCAGUAGCCCAAGUCAGGAAAAAUCAUCCGCAAAAGUUUCUUCAAAGAGGCAGUUGAUUUAAAGUGGGGAGAGAAACAUGAUGCUAUACAAGGACCCUCCCCAUUCAUAGUCUAUCCAAUCCCAACCUCAACUCUUGCCCUGCCCCUCACUCUGCACCCUGCCAACUAUUCAGCCCCACCCACCUUGUAAACCAACACCAAAAUACUAGAAGAGAACUCGCCAGGGACACUCUGUUAAUACCCAUGUUGAAUGGAUCUCCAUCUUUCAGGGCUCAUCGAACCUAAACUGGCUCUCUCCCUUUCUUUGUGUAGUCUCCCUUAGUCAUA